AUGCUGUUGCAUACACUAAGGUUGCUGCAACAGUACUCUGUUGAUGUCUAUGUAAAGAUAGAAACAUCAAGGCUUGCUUUCCACAGAAAGAAACAAAAUGAGGUCCGAACAGAGGCAUUAAAGGGUAUAAUGGAUAGUGUUUCGUCUGGUGAAACAUCAGGUUCCAAGGUUGGCCGAAGAAUUCUAUUGCCUGCCUCUUUUAUUGGUAGUCCAAGGGAUAUGAGACGUCGGUACCUCGAUGCAAUGUCUUUGGUACAAAGAUAUGGUAAACCUGAUAUCUUUUUAACUAUGACAUGCAAUCCAAUGUGGAGGGAAAUUCAGGACAAUCUGAUGUAUAAAGAGAAGGCGCAUGAUCGACCAGAUUUACUUUCCCGGAAACGGGGUUAUCCACAUGCUCAUAUGCUGCUGAUUUUGAAGCAUAGAUUUAAGCCGCUCAAUCCAGAGGCUUAUGAUAGGCUCGUGUGUGCUGAAUUGCCCGACUCCACUAAAUUUCCUCACUUGCAUUCCCUUGUGGUCAAACAUAUGAUGCACGGCCCUUGUGGAAAAAUGAAUGCUCAGAGCCCUUGUAUGAGAAAUGGUCUGUGUAGAAAUCAGUAUCCAAAAGAAUUCUGCCAACAAACGUCGCAUGCUGAGGAUUGUUAUCCUUCUUAUCGUAGAAGAAAUAAUGACAAAAAGGUUAAGGUGAGGCGUUAUGAUUUGGAUAAUAGAUGGGUUGUACCCUAUAAUCCAUAUCUUCUUGCUUUAUUUGACUGUCACAUGAAUGUGGAAAUCUGCUCCACCAUCAAAUUAGUUAAGUAUCUCUACAAAUAUAUUUUCAAGGGGUAUGAUCUUGUUAACUUUCACAUUAUAGCUCAAGAUACCUCUGACGAUGUUGACGAGAUUAAACAAUUCCAGCAGGGUAGAUGGGUUUCGCCUCCAGAAGCUUUGUGGCGUAUCUAUGGCUUCCGCUUAAAUGAAAUGACUCCUGCUGUUUACACUCUUCAGGUGCACCUUCCUGAUCAGCAAUACGUCUCAUUUGAUAAAAAUGCUGAUCUUUUAAACCUUUUGAGCCAAAUCGAUUUGUCAAGGACUAUGCUAAUCGAAUUUUUUGAAAUGAACAAGACCAAUAAAAGGGCGCAGGACUUACUGUGCCUGUAUCGUGAUUUUCCUCAAUAUUUUGUUUGGGCGCCAGCAAAGAGGACGUGGUCGGAGAGAAGCAGAAGAAAAGUUAUUGGCAGAUUGGUAACCGUUAGCCCGAAUGAAGGUGAUAGAUAUUAUCUACGGUUGCUGUUAUCACAUGUUCGCGGUCCUACAUCUUUUGAUAAUUUAUUAUCUAUUGAUGGCCAAAAGAUGAGCUCAUUUAGAGAGGCAGCGUUACAGCUUGGCUUGUUGAGUUCUGAUUCUUACAUAGAGGAUACACUUGAAGAAGCGUCUGGGUUUCAAAUGCCUUCGUCCCUCAGGUUUCUCUUUGCCACUCUUUUAUUGUGUUGUUCUCCAGCGAAUCCACGCUUUCUUUGGGAAAAAUUUGAAGGUGAGAUGUCCAGGGAUUUUCAUCGAGCUCAUCUCUCUGGUGAAUAUUCUUCUGAUGAAAUCAAAAGAAGAGUGUUACUAGAUAUUAGUAAGACACUUGAGCAGAUGGGCCGACACAUCACUGAUUAUCAUUUACUUUCAGACCAUUUUAAUUUUAACCUUAACUGUCAAGACCGCGUAACAAAAGAGGUUGAUAAUGAAAGGAACAUCGAAGUUACGCCAGAAGAUUUACUUAUAUCUUCGCAGUUAAAUGCAGAGCAGAGGUGUGCAUGUGAUUUGGUCCUCCAAUCAGUCUUCUCUUCAGAGGGAAAGGCUUACUUUGUCGAUGGCCCCGGAGGGACUGGUAAAACAUUCUUGUAUCGUUCUCUUCUCGCUACCUUGAGAUCACAAGGAUAUAUUGCGAUUGCUGUUGCAACUUCUGGUGUCGCAGCAUCCAUACUACCUGGUGGCAGAACAGCACACUCCAGGUUCAAAAUUCCAUUGGAUUGUUCGCGAAAUAGGACUUGCCAGCUAAGCAAGCAAGGCAGCACUGGCAAGCUAAUUGCAGAAUGUAAACUGUUUCUUUGGGACGAAGCUUCAAUGGCAAGGAAAGAGACCAUCGAAGCUUUUGAUGAAUUGCUCAGAGAUAUAAUGGAUUCCAAUGAGCCUUUCGGAGGUAAAGUCGUUGUAUUUGGUGGUGAUUAUCGGCAGACCUUGCCUGUAAUUCAAGGCGCCACCAGAGACCAGUUAGUUGGCUCCAGUCUUGUUAGUUCGGCACUAUGGUCCAAAAUGCUACGGUUGAGAUUGACGGAAAACAUGCGAGCUCUCUCAGACUCUUCUUUCUCUCAGUUCUUAUUGAGAGUUGGUGAAGGUUUGGAACCUAUGGAUGAGGACAACCAGAUACGUCUUCCAAGCAAUAUCGUGAUUCCAUUUGUUGAUGCAGAAGAGUCUCUCAGCAGGUUGAUUCACUGUGUUUUUCCAGAUUUGAACACCUGCUGGAAUGAUCCUUACAAAUUUAUCAAUAGAUGCAUUUUGACCCCCAGAAAUGCAUCUGUUGAUGAUCUCAAUGGGGUUCUAAUCAACAAAUUCCCUGGACAGCUUCAUGUUUACACUAGCUCAGAUAGAACUUUGGAUCAGCGACAUCAGGGUGAUUACGAAGAUUUUUUAAAUUCUCAGAAUCCAAAAGGCUUGCCUCCACAUAAGCUUCUACUAAAACAGAACUGUCCGCUCAUUCUGCUUAGAAAUUUAAAUCCACUUGAAGGCCUAUGUAACGGUACGCGACUUAUUUGUCGACAGCUUCUGCGACACACUAUUUGCGCCGAAAUUGCCUUUGGUCAGCACAGAGGGAAAACAAUUUUUAUACCCAAGAUCCCAUUGCAGACAUCAGACAGUGAAAAGAAUGGUAUCCCUUUCAUAAGAACACAGUUUCCAGUUCUGUUGUGUUUUGCCAUGACGAUCAACAAAGCUCAGGGUCAGACCUUAGACUAUGUCGGAAUCUACUUGCGAGAACCAGUCUUUUCGACGGCCAGUUAUACGUUGCCUUAUCAAGAGCCAAAUCUGCUGAUGCAGCGAAAGUUCUGA